AGUGAGAGCAGCGCGCUGGAGGAGUGAGUGGAUGUAUGAGUGUGACUUUCAUCUCAUCUUCUAGAGGUCUUGCGGAGAAACGAACCCCUUUGAAUGGCUGGAUUUUUGUGGAUAAUAUUGCAUACGUGUGUUUUCUUUUUUUAACCAUGCCGUAUUAACUUCAUAGGAGUCAUGCAUAACUAUUUUGGAGCUUGUUUCUCUAUAGUGUUCCUAAUUUUAACGUUUUGGACUGAGGUAUGCCAGUCGUCGGGUUAUUUGGAGCUUCAGUUGAUCAGCGUGGAGAAUGACAGGGCUGAGCUCGCGAAUGGAAACUGCUGUGACGGCGCACGAGACGGACUGUGCGACCAGGACCAAUGCGACACCUACUUGAAAGUGUGUCUAAAGGAAUACCAGGUGGAGGUCACCACAUCUGGCUUUUGUACGUACGGCACUGGAAGCUCGAGCGUGAUCGGGGGGAAUACGUUUCAGUUGAAAGGAUUCAAUGGAAACCCAAACAAGGUCAAUGACCUCGGGACCGUUAUCAUCCCGUUUCAAUUCGCCUGGCCGAGAGCGUAUACUCUCAUCGUGGAGGCUUGGGACUGGGACAACCAAACAAUUACAGAGAGUAGUGAUGAUCAGUUGAUCGAGAGGAGUGUGAAUCGUGGAGAGAUAAACCCUGGUGAAAAGCGACAGGUCAUUCAGCACAAAGGCCGAACAGCCAGCAUCCAGUACAGUGUUCGUGUGCGCUGCGACCGGCAUUAUUACGGCAACAAAUGCAACAAACAGUGUCGGCCCCGAGACGAUUACUUUGGUCAUUACACGUGUGAUCAGUCUGGCAAUCAGCAGUGCAUGGAGGGAUGGACAGGGCAAGACUGCAAGCAAGCUAUCUGUAAGCAAGGCUGCAGUGAGCUUCAUGGAAGCUGUGAAACACCAGGAGACUGUGUGUGUAAGUACGGAUGGCAGGGCCCAUUAUGUGAUGAGUGUUUGCCGUAUCCAGGUUGUAAACAUGGGACCUGUGUGAAACCCUGGACAUGCACCUGUGAGAAAAAUUGGGGUGGACUUCUGUGUGACAAAGAUCUGAAUUACUGUGGCACACACAGUCCAUGUGUAAAUGGAGGCACGUGUUUGAAUACAGAGCCGGAUGAAUAUUUCUGCUUGUGCCCUGAGGGCUAUUCUGGUGAAAACUGUCAUAUCCCCAAGCAUGCGUGCAUGUCAAACCCUUGUGCAAAUGGUGGGACGUGUCAUGAGCUGGCAUCAGGAUUUGAAUGCCAGUGUCCCCCAGGGUGGGACGGCCCAACUUGUGCUAAAGACAAAGAUGAGUGUGCGUCAAACCCGUGCUCUUAUGGAGGGACGUGCAUUGAUCUGGAGAAUGGCUUUGAAUGUUUAUGCCUCCCACAGUGGACUGGCAAGACUUGUCAGAUAGAUGUGAAUGAGUGUACGAGGAGGGCUUGUCUAAACGCUUAUGCUUGUAAAAAUCUAAUUGGUGGAUAUCAUUGCAACUGCUACCCGGGCUGGGCGGGACCGAACUGUAAUAUCAAUAUCAACAGCUGUUAUGGUCAGUGUCAGAAUGGAGGAACCUGUCAGGAUGGUCGUCAUGGUUAUGUGUGCCAGUGCCAGCCGGGCUUCAUGGGAAGACACUGUGAAGUGCAGCAGAGCAGGUGUGCCAGCUCCCCAUGCCAAAAUGGUGGACGGUGCCAUUCGCUAGCCACAGGCUAUGAGUGCGAGUGCCUGUAUGGAUACACCGGAAACAACUGUGAGGUGCAGGUGGAUCUGUGCAAACCAAACCCAUGUCAAAAAAAAGCGCAGUGCCACUCUUUACAGGGAGACUUUUACUGCGCCUGUGCUGAUGAAUACGAGGGGAAGACAUGUAGUCAGCUACGAGACCACUGCAAGACCAGCACGUGCCAUGUGAUCGACAGCUGUACUACUGCUAUUACAACCAAUGGCACAGAGAUGGCGGUGAGGUACAUCUUAUCAAAUGUGUGUGGUCCUCACGGCCGCUGCAUCAGCCAGUCUGGAGGAAACUUCACCUGCGCCUGCCAACCCGGAUUCUCUGGGACGUACUGUCAUGAGAAUAUAAACGACUGCGAAUCGUCUCCUUGUCACAGUGGAGGAACGUGCAUUGAUGACAUUGACUCUUUCCGCUGUGUCUGUCCUGAUGGAUUUGAUGGGCAACUCUGUGAGCUGGAGGUGAAUGAAUGUAGCAGUGAUCCGUGUCUAAAUGGAGGUCACUGUAUUGACCUGCUGAAUGAUUUCUACUGCCGCUGCACUGAUAAUUGGAAAGGAAAGACCUGUAACUCACGGGAAAAUCAGUGUGAUUCCAGUACGUGUGCUAAUGGAGGAACGUGCCACGAUCGUGGAGAAUCGUUCCGAUGUUUGUGUCCCUCUGGUUGGGGUGGCAGUACCUGCAACACAGCCAUGAACAGCUCAUGUGAGUCUGGCCCGUGUCUAAAUGGGGGCACUUGUAUCGGCUCAGGCAGCGUCUUCAAAUGCAUCUGUAAGGAUGGAUGGGAGGGGCCUACUUGUGCUCAAAAUGUUGACGACUGCAACCCUCAUCCAUGUUAUAACGGAGGACAGUGUGUGGAUGGGGUCAACUGGUUUCGCUGUGAAUGCGCGCCUGGGUUUGCAGGUCCUGACUGUCGCAUCAACAUAGAUGAAUGUCAGUCGUCUCCUUGUUCUUAUGGAGCCACAUGUGUAGAUGAGAUUAAUGGAUAUCGCUGUCUGUGCCCCAUGGGACGAGCUGGACCUCGCUGCCAGGACUUUAUCGGUGUUGGAAAGGCAUGUGAUCGCUCAGGAUUGCAGGUUCAUCAUGGUGGACGCUGGGAGGAUGGAUGCAACAGCUGUCAGUGCAUGAAUGGAAACAUCAAGUGCACUAAAGUCCAUUGUGGCCAUCAGUCCUGCUUGUUGCAGUCAGAUUCUGGUGUGCCACAGCGCCCCCUGUGUCCACCAGGUCAGGAGUGCAUCGAGCAUCAUUUCCUCUCUUGUCUUCGUCCACCCUGUGAUCAGCUGGGAAUGUGCUCCACAACGCGUCUACAACCUAUCAGCACUCGCUGUCUGCCCAACAACGGCUACCUAGAUGUCAACUGUGCCCGUGUCACACUUGUAUUUGACUCUGAGAGUGUACCACAGGGCACUACUGCUGAAGGAGUCUGCGCAGAGCUGACUUAUCUGCCAAUCACGCGAACCCUGGCCAAAGACCACGCCCUUUUCCUUCUUUGUGACCAAUCACCUUCAGGCCACAAUGCUGUGGAGGUUGCUAUGUCUUUUGAGCAAAACAACUUUGUUGAUGGACGCACUCAGAUUCAUGAUGUUGUCCGCUCCAUCAUUGAUGUCCUGUCUAAACCUCACAAUAGCACGUUACUGUUGGCUGUAAGAGAGGUCAGAGUGGACACCCAGGACCCACACCCCCAAGUCGGUUACCUAAUCCCAUUGCUGUGUGUGCUGUUUGUGGUAUUGUGGAUCUCGUGUAUCAUCGUGUGCGUGUGGUGGUUCCGGAGACGGAGGGAAGCCAGACAAAGAGAGGACACUCAGAUGGAGGAGAGCAUUAACAACCAGCGCGGGACACUACUGAGUGCUCGCACGGCUCACAAAGACAACACAGACCCGCUGCAGGAGAACAAGAACCUGCUUUACCCUCUGGAUCGGGUUGGAGAUGGAGCCGAGCGAGAGGAAGAGGAGGAAGAGGGAGAAGAGGAGAGCAACAGAGGGCUGGUUCUGCAUAAGUGCUCAUCCCUCGCAUACUCUAAAGGGGACGCAGUGUACGUGAUUCACACUUCAGCCCAAAAUCAGCAACACAGGACACACUACAGCGAUAAAGACAACCGCUGCAAGAACAAUGUGAAUGAGAGCUUGAGCGAGCACACAAAAGAUCAUUACGUAUGAAAGAGCCAGAAAAACUGGAGAAUUGUACAAGUAUUUUUUUGCUGUCUAAUCCGAAUGGCCUGGGCUUGUGCGACUGUUUUUUUUCCAUCACCAAAAUGGAUUCGUCUCACAAAGAACUGUUUUUAAAAUCAUUUUCUUUUGUUUACACUUGCACUCACUUUCCUUAAAAAGAAGGUAACUCAAGGCUGAACUUAGAGAUUAUGUCUGUGAACUGUGGCGAGGCCUUUGACCCUUGGGGGCUGAGGAGGAAUCAGCGAUAGGCAGCUUUAAAGUGUUUUUGAUUAUGUCCAGACCUGCCCAAAAUCAAGUGUUAGGUGCUGUUCAAUCUUCCAGAGGUAUAAUAUACACAAGUGCCUCACUGAACAUUUGCAGCAGCGCUUAAACAUUUUAUAUACAUUUCUCAUGAUGAUGUUGGGUUUUAUUGUUGUUGGCAUAAUGCUAUAGAUACCCCUUUUCCACCGAUGCAGGCCCAGUGGUGGUUCAUAGCCAGAGCCUGUAGCUCCAAAUCAACACUCAAAGCUUCAGCUCUGGACCAGGAAAAGUAGCAUUAAACAAUGCUGGGAUAGAGGAAAGAAGGGUGGGGUUACCAUGACCCAAGGGUGUAGAAUUGGCAUGGACAGAGGGGGCGUGUCCCCACCAAUUACUGAAAUGUCCCUACCAAUAGUUUAAUCGACUUCAAAAUAAAGUAAUGCUCCGUCAACUCUUAACCUACGCGUGUACGAAGACAAGUUCGCUACUAGUUCACCGUAAUACUAUUAAUCAAGGCGGUGCAAUUAAUUAAAAUUCAGUUUUGAUUUUGGCCUCCAUUAUGAAAAACAAUAAUCGGGAUAAAACAGUAAAUUGUGUCUAAAUUUCUCUACAUUCAUACCCCUUCAAAGCCAGACUGCAGUAAAAUCAUGUAAAUGGACAUUUGUAGCAUGGGACGUGAUUGUUAUUUGUAUUAUUAAGUGUUUAUUUUAUAUUAUUAAGUACUUUAAUCAUGUUUUUAAAAGCGCAAAACAGAAUUUGUACUGUUCAAUGCAUGCACUCCAGGGAUGUAUGUCCCCACUAGUGUCAAGAGCGAAUCUACGCCCUUCCCGUGACCAAUGAGAUGAACAAUGUUUUGAGCGCCUUAUUUAAAAUAGCUAUUAAACGUAAUGCUGAACACGUUAUUACUUCUAAUCUCUGCCUAUUCAAAUUACGGAAGGCUGCAUGAACAUGUUAUUAGAGCUCGUAAUCACUGUCUAUACGAACUACGACAUGCUACAUGAACAUGUUGGAUUACUCUGUAUGAAAUGGAUGCCACAGAUUCGCAAAGUAUUUUAAAUUAAUAGUAGCGAUAUUAUUCUUUUUGCCGAAGCUUUGGAGUGUGUGUCGAGGAAUCUUGAAAGCUUUCAGUGAAUUGUAUAUCGAGGCUUGUACCAGUUUAGAACAAUGACGUCAUUGAUGAUGUCUGAAGCAGCGUUUUUGCUCGACCGAUUCCGAAAUCUGUUCAAAUAUCGAUGCGACCAUUGGGUGCGACAUCCUCUACUGAGUUACUCAAGCACAUCCCAUGAGUUACACCCAGCUGUUCACCAGUUUUAGAAUAAUACUAUUGCCAACACCCACCACCCCUCCCCAGAUGCACUUUAUUUACAGAAAUAGGUCUCGCUUAUUUCAAGCCAAUAAAUUUAUUAUACAGUAAUGUUAUAGAAUAGUUUUGUAGCACAAGACAACAUACAUUAUAUACAUAUAAAUAGAUUUAUCUAUGUGGAAAUAGAUAUUUCUGUAUUGUUAUUUAAGACUUAACUGGCGCAAACUACAGUGUAUCACAUCAGGUCUUCAGUAAUGGCUUGUUUUAGUCUAUUUGGCCAUCAGGUGGUAUUGUAAGCAAACAAAAUCCUCAAGAAAUGAACUCUUUUGUGAACUUCAAUGCUUCAGAAGACUUCAUCUCACCAACACCAAUUAAUAGCAACGAAACACUGAAGCUGCGAUUGUAUUUGGCACUUCCACAUUUGUGUUGCUGGAAAAGAUGGACGAACAUAUGCACUGAUGUCAGACUUGGAUCUACGGUGGCUCUCUAGCCUGUGGAAAAGCAAAGCAGUUCUUAGUCGGCUUGCCAGAUGAACCAGCAAUGGCACUGGCUCCAAACUAGCACCUGGUUCAUGUUGAUGGAAAAGGGGUAUUAGAGGGCUGGUUCAUCUACUUAGAGAAAAAAUUCUGUCAGCAUUUACUCAACCUCAUGUCAUUCCAAACCUACAUGACUUUAUUCCAUCUGUGUGACACAAAAGUUUUAUGAGUGUGGAUAGUCACUCUUGUUCAAGCUUCUAAAAGCACCACAUUGAAAGAGUUACAUAAAAUUGGUCCAAACAAUUUGUUUAACUCCAAAGACUUACUAAAUGGUAACUAAAAUGGGCAACAAAAGCACAAAUACUUUGCUUUACGCAUACAUACGGGCUUCAUAUAGUUUCACUCAAAAUUCAUCACCAGGAUAGCAUGUGCGUACUGUACACGGCUACCUGAUUUCAGUAGAUGUGCAUACUCUUGUUUUAAAUGAGUAUAAAGUUACUCUUAUUGCACAGAACUUUUGGAGAGAAAAAAUGCAGACAAAAGACAAGGAUGAUUCAACAGUGUUUGAGCAUACUGUCAUCUGGAGUAAAAAAAUAUAUAUAUAUUUGUACAUAUUUUUGCAAAUAACAGUAAAUUAUCGAUCUCAAACAGUAGCAAAACCACACCACAUGAUUCAUUUAACUAUUUAAUAUCUGAAAGAUAAACUUCUACAAAUGCAAAUGCAAUAACAACUCCGAAAGUAACUGCAUCAGGUUCCAUAUGUAUGUUCAUUGGUCAUUUUUCAGCCUUCAGUGAAUACUGACUAGUUUUGAACAAAAAAAAAAAGGUUUGAACUGGCACAAGCUCUUAGCAGCCAACUGAUAGCUGCAAUGACGUUGAGUAAAUUAUGAAAGAAUUGUUAUUUUUGGGUGAACUCUCUUCUUUAGACUGUUAGGAUACAAGGUUUACUUUCACUUUCACCUUCUUUGGGAAUUGGUACUCAUAGUCCAAACAGCAAGAGUAUUCUGACUGAUUCACUAACUCAAAAAGCUCUUUAGAAGUCAGACUUUACUUUUCUUUUCUGUGACAGCCAUAUAAAUACAACAGUUAUAAUGUAAAGAAUCACUAAAUGCAUCAUUGUGUUGUUUUUGGCCACACAAUAGAGGACAAUGAUAAUACUUCUUCGAUCACUGACAGAUAAUUCUUUAAAAUGAUAAAAAAUAUGCAUAUGUACAUAUGUAAAUAAUGAAAAGACAUAGCUGUGUAUAUUUGAGUUUAGUAAGUUAUGUGACAGCAUUUUACCAUUGUCAUUCUUAGAAUCACUGCUUAUUCUCUCUUUCAGUCGCUCUUUUUUUAAACAGUGUCAUUCCUUUUAUUUAUGUUCAGAAAAUGUUUUAUAUAUAAAUAUGUAAAAUGGCCACAGGUAGUCUAUUUGUGGGGACUCUGUAAGAAAUGCUCAAACAUUAGAUGAUCUGACUUCAUGAUAAAAUAGAUGAUCUGUGCUGUUGACUUUACUAAUGAAUGUUGACUAGGGGUUGACCAUGCUGAAGGUAAAAGACAAACAACAAAUGUUUUGCCACUGAUCAAACGGUGCCUUCCUCUGAAGGUCUACAUUACAAUGGAGAAAGGCUGAAAGAUUAUGACAGAAUAUAUGUUGUGUGUUUAAAGUUUAACACCUGCAUUUUCAAGCCAAUGUCAAUCAUGAUCUACACUCAAACAAAUAUGUUUGCCGUUUGUUCAAACUACUUAUUUAAAAUGAGCUGAAACAACACAAUUACUAAGGUUUUUUGGGGGACAACUUAAUUGAUUUAAGUUAAAUCCACUUAAACAUGUAAAAAAUAUAUCUUCACGUUGUCCCAACACAAAUCCAUUGUGUGGAGCCCAGCAUUUUUACAGUGUAAUUAAUAGACAGUCAGACAUUCAGAAAAUGUUUUAUUUUUAAUGUUUUCAUAACAUCACCGCUUGGUAUUAUUCUAUAAAUUCAAAAUCAACCAAAACAGACCAGAGUCUUUUCAUGAAAGCACUCAAGUUCUAUAGGAGUAUUGAGUUAUUGGAUUUGAUGUUUUAAAAUGGUAUUAUAUUAGUGGGGUUGGGCCGAUAAACGAUAUUAUAUCGAUUAUCGUAAUAAAAUUUGUGUCAAUAACCUUGAUAAGCUCUGGAUUUUUUUUACUCUAUAUUGAUCUUCGAGCCAAUUACAGAAAUGUGCAACAAUGGGAAUCUAAUAGUGUGUUCAUACAAAAUUUCAGCCACUGAAAAUUUAUUGACCGAAAAUAUGUUAUGCCAUUUAAUGGACCCUCUCAAUUUUGUGGCUUCAGUCAUUGUUAGGGUACUGUUUUAAAACUGUAAGCAUUAACAACUCAUAUUGAAAAAUAUAUUGUUAUCGUUCAAUAUGGAAAAUAAUUAUUGAGAUAGCAUUUUUCGCCCAGCCCUAGUAUGAUGCUAUUUUACAAAAGAACACUAUAAGAACACUAUUUUUUUGUUUGUUUGUUUCUUGAUUCAUGAGCAGUUCUGUCAAAUAUAUUUGGGGUCAAAUUAGUUUUAUUUUGGAAAGUCAGGAAAAUGUAUCAGUGCAUGUUGCUGUGGCUGAAUGAAGGGAACAAUAUAUUGUUUUUUGAAUAUCACUGUUGUUUAUUAUUUGGUGUCUUUUAGAGGACAGAAAAUAUUACUGCUCAAUAUAGAAAUAAUUGAUAUGGAAAAUAUGGAAAAACGUGACAUUCUGAAAAAGGCCACUCCUUAAAUAAAGUUGCAAUAUAAAUGAACAGAAACACUCCCCUCAACCUGAAAAGUCCAUCAAAUUACUGUCUGUGAUUCAUCCUACAUGCACUGAUGCUCAUACUGAAUCUGGCAUCUCAUUUGUUAUCUAUUUGAUUUUCCCAACAAGUAUUUAUUAAAGACUUUUUUUGUACCUA